CUUCAGACUGAGGAGGGAUGGCUGCAUUGAGGAAGAGGCUCUGCUCCUCCUCCUCGGCUGGAGAAGAUGUCCUCUGUGACGCUGCAGCCGUCGAAAGCCUCGAUGAUCUCCAGCAUCCCUCUGCUCCACUGCUAUGCUGCCACAGCGUCCAGGACUCUCUGCUGAGUUCCAACAGCAGCUUCACCGGCUACAGAGGCGUCCUCAACUGGAUCAUCAUCCUCCUGGUGCUGACUCAUGCUCACCUGUUUCUGGAGAAUUUCAUUCAAUACGGGUUCUUGAUAGAUGUCAAAAAGGUUCUGGGGCAUAUGAUCGAGGACAACUGUAACUGGCCAUCGGUCAACCUCCUACUGGCUUCCAGCAUGUUCAUUCUCGUGUCGUUCCUCCUGGAGAGACUCCAGGAAAAGGGACUGAUUCCCCCCACUGUAACUCACCGUCUGCAUCUCACAAACCUUGGCCUCCUAGUGGUGUUCCCUGCAGCGGUUGUUCUCCAUGUGCCAACAAUAUCCACAGGUGGAGCCUUCUUCUCCCUCUGGUUUUACACCACUCUUGGGUUGAAGCUUUACUCGUACCAGGAAGCUAAGCGCUGGUACCGCGGGGCUCGUCCAGAUGAUUCCCGCCGUCCGUCCGUGUCUCCUGGUGAAGACGUGUCCUCUGUCCUCUCUGCAGGUCUCUGUUACUUCCUGCUGGCUCCCACUCUGUGCUACCAGAGGAGCUUCCCCUGUAACCCCCGAGUUCGAGUCAACAAGCUGCUGCACAGGCUGCUCGAGGGGGUGGUUCUGAUCCAGAUCAUGGUGGGCAUCGUGCAGCAGUGGAUUGAGCCGAUAUUUCAGAGAUCGGAGACCUCGUUCUGCAGUAUGGACACCACGAUGAGAGUGGAGCUCCUGGUGGGACUGGCUGCACCGACACACUUCCUCUGGCUUCUCUUCUUCUUUCUGACUCACUCCUACCUGAACUUCUGCGCCGAGCUGCUGCGGUUCGGAGAUCGGCAUUUUUAUGGCGACUGGUGGAACGCAACAACGCUGAUAGAUUUCUGGAAGAACUGGAACGUCCCCUUUCAGAAAUGGUGCGACAGACACGUUUACAGUCAGCUGGUGGAAAGAAAUGUUCCCCCGUCUCAGGCUGAGCUGCUGGUCUUCCUGAUGUCUGCAGCUCUGUGUGAGUAUUUGAUCGCUCUGCCGCUGCACUGUUGUCGUCUGUGGAUCUUCAUAAUGAUGGUGAUUGAGCUCCUGGUUGCCUUAUUGCUGGGAAAAUAUUUCCAUGGAAACUACGGCAACGGUUUGGUGUGGCUGUGCCUGCUUCUGGGGCCUCCUCUGGCCGUGACCACCUACUUUCACGACCACUACGUCUUUGACCCCCAUCGCUCCCGUCAGCCUUCAACACAGCUGCCAGUCGACCAUGGAGGCCUCCUGCAGACUUGAUGAAAAACUUUGCAUUCAGGAGAUGACUUUCAAAAAGAACUCGGUUCUGGACAAAGAUCCAGUCUGAUAAUCUCUCCGACCUCAAUUCAAUUCAGCAAUACAUCCAGGAGACACCGGGCAUCCACAUCUCUGCCCUCUAUAAACUGAAAUAUGAUACAAACUAAUUAAAUGUAUCAGAUAUUAAAUGUUGGAACUUUGGAGCUGCAGUGACAACAAAAAAGGCUUUUUGGCUACUUUUAACCAGUGUUUGUCUAAACCAGUAUUGACAGGAACAAACAUUUUACCAGAA